AUGUCUACUCUCCUGGAAAACAUCAUUGCCAUCAUCGACCUAUUCCAUGAGUACUCAACAACAGACAAGGAGACUGACACACUGAGCAGGGAAGAACUGAAGGAGCUCCUGGAAAGAGAGUUUCGGCCAGUCCUGAAGAAUCCAGAUGACCCAGACACUGCUGAUGUCUUCAUGCAUAUUCUUGAUCUAGACCAUGACAAGAAAAUUGACUUCACUGAGUACUUUCUAAUGGUAUUCAAGUUGGCUACAGCAUACUAUGAGUCAAACAGAAGACAGAACUUCCAAGCAACAGAGCAAAACCAAAACCACCAUGCACACCAUACAAAAGAUGAAGACGAUGAUUUAGAUGAAGACAAAGUACAAGAAGAAAAAGAAGAAAAAUUGAGAAAAUCCACACAAUCAGGAAAAACCCAUGAAAAAAGGAAGGAGACAACAUCCAAAGGACUAAAAGGAAAAGAGAAAAAUAGACACAAGCAAGGACCUGACAAUUCUAGACAGGCAGGAUCCCUUGAGGGUGAAGAGGCAGAUGGUAGACACUCGGAGCGAGGAUCUCAUCACCAUCAGUCAUCCACUCAGGCACACGGCUCUAGACACUCACACCCUGAGCAUGGACAAUCCUCAUCUGAACCCAGGCCAGUGAGAAACCGAGGGUCCAGUGUCAGUCAGGACAGCGACAGUGAAGGACACUCAGAAGAUUCGGACAGACAGUAUGGGUCUGGUUCAGGAAACCAACGUGGGUCUGCCCAUGGCCAUGCGGGAGACGGCUCUAGACUCUCUCGCUCUCAUCAAAGGCAGGGAGACAAUCAUGGGCACUCUGAUUCUGCCCGUGGACAGUCAGACUCUGGUACCAGAAGACGACAAGGAGCUAGUCAUGGACACUCUGUAGACAGCUACACACAAUCAGGGUCUCAUCACGGAGAGACAUCCUCUCGGGGACACACCGACUCCUCCCGUGGGCAGUCAAGAUCCGGCACAAGAGGACAACAAGAAUCCCAGCGUUACCGGUCAGCAGACACCUCCAGACGCUCAGCCACUGGACACGGACAAUCGUCCUCUGGAUACGGGGCAAGCAGACAGCGGGGAUCCAGUGUGAGUCAGGCCAGCGACAGCGAAGGACAUUCAGAAGGUGCAGGUAGAGAAUCUUCAAACACCCUCGGAAGGUCUGGGUCCACUUUGAGGAAGGAACAUGGGUCUAGCCAUGGGCAGUCAGGAGACAGGUCUGGGCACUCAGGGACCCGUCAAGGGCAGACGGCCUCCCGUGGGAGGUCAGACUCUGCCCUCCGAGAGUCAGGAUCCACCACCAGGGAAAGGCAAGGGCGCCACCACCAGCAGUCAGGAGACAGAUCUGGGCACUCAGGAUCCCUUCACGGGCAGACGGCCUCCCUUGGGGGAUCAGACUCUGCCCACCGAGAAUCAGGAUCCACUACCAGGGAAAGGCAAGGGAGCCACCAUCAGCAGUCAGGAGACAGAUCCGGGCACUCAGGGUCCCGUCAAGGGCAGACGGCGUCCCGCGGGCGGUCAGACUCUGCCCACCGAGAGUCAGGAUCCACCACCAGGGAAACGCAAGGGCGCCACCUUCGGCAGUCAGACGACAGCUCCAGACAUUCGGGUGCCGGACGUGGACAAAGCUCUUCUGGAUCUGGUAACAGCAGACACCGGGGAUCCAGAACCGGUCAGGCCAGUGACAGUGAAGGACAAUCAGAAGACUCAGAUACUCAGUCAGGGUCAGUCUUGGAACGGUCCAGGUCCAGUCAAAGGAGACAACAUGACAAUGUACGUGGCAGUUCUGAGCACUCAGGGGCUUAUUUCUACCAGAUACCCUCCCAAGAACACUUGAAUUCUGCCCACGGGCAGUCUCAAUCCAGCACCAGAGGGAGACAAGGAUCCCGCCCUGAGCAGGCACGUGACAGCUCUAGACAGGCAGGAUCCCUUGAGGGUCAGGCAGCCGAUGGUGGACACUCGGAGCGAGGAUCUCGUCACCAUCAGUCAUCCACUCAGGCACACGGCUCUAGACACUCACACCCUGAGCAUGGACAAUCCUCAUCUGAACCCAGGCCAGUGAGAAACCGAGGGUCCAGUGUCAGUCAGGACAGCGACAGUGAAGGACACUCAGAAGAUUCGGACAGACAGUAUGGGUCUGGUUCAGGAAACCAACGUGGGUCUGCCCAUGGCCAUGCGGGAGACGGCUCUAGACUCUCUCGCUCUCAUCAAAGGCAGGGAGACAAUCAUGGGCACUCUGAUUCUGCCCGUGGACAGUCAGACUCUGGUACCAGAAGACGACAAGGAGCUAGUCAUGGACACUCUGUAGACAGCUACACACAAUCAGGGUCUCAUCACGGAGAGACAUCCUCUCGGGGACACACCGACUCCUCCCGUGGGCAGUCAAGAUCCGGCACAAGAGGACAACAAGAAUCCCAGCGUUACCGGUCAGCAGACACCUCCAGACGCUCAGCCACUGGACACGGACAAUCGUCCUCUGGAUACGGGGCAAGCAGACAGCGGGGAUCCAGUGUGAGUCAGGCCAGCGACAGCGAAGGACAUUCAGAAGGUGCAGGUAGAGAAUCUUCAAACACCCUCGGAAGGUCUGGGUCCACUUUGAGGAAGGAACAUGGGUCUAGCCAUGGGCAGUCAGGAGACAGGUCUGGGCACUCAGGGACCCGUCAAGGGCAGACGGCCUCCCGUGGGAGGUCAGACUCUGCCCUCCGAGAGUCAGGAUCCACCACCAGGGAAAGGCAAGGGCGCCACCACCAGCAGUCAGGAGACAGAUCUGGGCACUCAGGAUCCCUUCACGGGCAGACGGCCUCCCUUGGGGGAUCAGACUCUGCCCACCGAGAAUCAGGAUCCACUACCAGGGAAAGGCAAGGGAGCCACCAUCAGCAGUCAGGAGACAGAUCCGGGCACUCAGGGUCCCGUCAAGGGCAGACGGCGUCCCGCGGGCGGUCAGACUCUGCCCACCGAGAGUCAGGAUCCACCACCAGGGAAACGCAAGGGCGCCACCUUCGGCAGUCAGACGACAGCUCCAGACAUUCGGGUGCCGGACGUGGACAAAGCUCUUCUGGAUCUGGUAACAGCAGACACCGGGGAUCCAGAACCGGUCAGGCCAGUGACAGUGAAGGACAAUCAGAAGACUCAGAUACUCAGUCAGGGUCAGUCUUGGAACGGUCCAGGUCCAGUCAAAGGAGACAACAUGACAAUGUACGUGGCAGUUCUGAGCACUCAGGGGCUUAUUUCUACCAGAUACCCUCCCAAGAACACUUGAAUUCUGCCCACGGGCAGUCUCAAUCCAGCACCAGAGGGAGACAAGGAUCCCGCCCUGAGCAGGCACGUGACAGCUCUAGACAGGCAGGAUCCCUUGAGGGUCAGGCAGCCGAUGGUGGACACUCGGAGCGAGGAUCUCGUCACCAUCAGUCAUCCACUCAGGCACACGGCUCUAGACACUCACACCCUGAGCAUGGACAAUCCUCAUCUGAACCCAGGCCAGUGAGAAACCGAGGGUCCAGUGUCAGUCAGGACAGCGACAGUGAAGGACACUCAGAAGAUUCGGACAGACAGUAUGGGUCUGGUUCAGGAAACCAACGUGGGUCUGCCCAUGGCCAUGCGGGAGACGGCUCUAGACUCUCUCGCUCUCAUCAAAGGCAGGGAGACAAUCAUGGGCACUCUGAUUCUGCCCGUGGACAGUCAGACUCUGGUACCAGAAGACGACAAGGAGCUAGUCAUGGACACUCUGUAGACAGCUACACACAAUCAGGGUCUCAUCACGGAGAGACAUCCUCUCGGGGACACACCGACUCCUCCCGUGGGCAGUCAAGAUCCGGCACAAGAGGACAACAAGAAUCCCAGCGUUACCGGUCAGCAGACACCUCCAGACGCUCAGCCACUGGACACGGACAAUCGUCCUCUGGAUACGGGGCAAGCAGACAGCGGGGAUCCAGUGUGAGUCAGGCCAGCGACAGCGAAGGACAUUCAGAAGGUGCAGGUAGAGAAUCUUCAAACACCCUCGGAAGGUCUGGGUCCACUUUGAGGAAGGAACAUGGGUCUAGCCAUGGGCAGUCAGGAGACAGGUCUGGGCACUCAGGGACCCGUCAAGGGCAGACGGCCUCCCGUGGGAGGUCAGACUCUGCCCUCCGAGAGUCAGGAUCCACCACCAGGGAAAGGCAAGGGCGCCACCACCAGCAGUCAGGAGACAGAUCUGGGCACUCAGGAUCCCUUCACGGGCAGACGGCCUCCCUUGGGGGAUCAGACUCUGCCCACCGAGAAUCAGGAUCCACUACCAGGGAAAGGCAAGGGAGCCACCAUCAGCAGUCAGGAGACAGAUCCGGGCACUCAGGGUCCCGUCAAGGGCAGACGGCGUCCCGCGGGCGGUCAGACUCUGCCCACCGAGAGUCAGGAUCCACCACCAGGGAAACGCAAGGGCGCCACCUUCGGCAGUCAGACGACAGCUCCAGACAUUCGGGUGCCGGACGUGGACAAAGCUCUUCUGGAUCUGGUAACAGCAGACACCGGGGAUCCAGAACCGGUCAGGCCAGUGACAGUGAAGGACAAUCAGAAGACUCAGAUACUCAGUCAGGGUCAGUCUUGGAACGGUCCAGGUCCAGUCAAAGGAGACAACAUGACAAUGUACGUGGCAGUUCUGAGCACUCAGGGGCUUAUUUCUACCAGAUACCCUCCCAAGAACACUUGAAUUCUGCCCACGGGCAGUCUCAAUCCAGCACCAGAGGGAGACAAGGAUCCCGCCCUGAGCAGGCACGUGACAGCUCUAGACAGGCAGGAUCCCUUGAGGGUCAGGCAGCCGAUGGUGGACACUCGGAGCGAGGAUCUCGUCACCAUCAGUCAUCCACUCAGGCACACGGCUCUAGACACUCACACCCUGAGCAUGGACAAUCCUCAUCUGAACCCAGGCCAGUGAGAAACCGAGGGUCCAGUGUCAGUCAGGACAGCGACAGUGAAGGACACUCAGAAGAUUCGGACAGACAGUAUGGGUCUGGUUCAGGAAACCAACGUGGGUCUGCCCAUGGCCAUGCGGGAGACGGCUCUAGACUCUCUCGCUCUCAUCAAAGGCAGGGAGACAAUCAUGGGCACUCUGAUUCUGCCCGUGGACAGUCAGACUCUGGUACCAGAAGACGACAAGGAGCUAGUCAUGGACACUCUGUAGACAGCUACACACAAUCAGGGUCUCAUCACGGAGAGACAUCCUCUCGGGGACACACCGACUCCUCCCGUGGGCAGUCAAGAUCCGGCACAAGAGGACAACAAGAAUCCCAGCGUUACCGGUCAGCAGACACCUCCAGACGCUCAGCCACUGGACACGGACAAUCGUCCUCUGGAUACGGGGCAAGCAGACAGCGGGGAUCCAGUGUGAGUCAGGCCAGCGACAGCGAAGGACAUUCAGAAGGUGCAGGUAGAGAAUCUUCAAACACCCUCGGAAGGUCUGGGUCCACUUUGAGGAAGGAACAUGGGUCUAGCCAUGGGCAGUCAGGAGACAGGUCUGGGCACUCAGGGACCCGUCAAGGGCAGACGGCCUCCCGUGGGAGGUCAGACUCUGCCCUCCGAGAGUCAGGAUCCACCACCAGGGAAAGGCAAGGGCGCCACCACCAGCAGUCAGGAGACAGAUCUGGGCACUCAGGAUCCCUUCACGGGCAGACGGCCUCCCUUGGGGGAUCAGACUCUGCCCACCGAGAAUCAGGAUCCACUACCAGGGAAAGGCAAGGGAGCCACCAUCAGCAGUCAGGAGACAGAUCCGGGCACUCAGGGUCCCGUCAAGGGCAGACGGCGUCCCGCGGGCGGUCAGACUCUGCCCACCGAGAGUCAGGAUCCACCACCAGGGAAACGCAAGGGCGCCACCUUCGGCAGUCAGACGACAGCUCCAGACAUUCGGGUGCCGGACGUGGACAAAGCUCUUCUGGAUCUGGUAACAGCAGACACCGGGGAUCCAGAACCGGUCAGGCCAGUGACAGUGAAGGACAAUCAGAAGACUCAGAUACUCAGUCAGGGUCAGUCUUGGAACGGUCCAGGUCCAGUCAAAGGAGACAACAUGACAAUGUACGUGGCAGUUCUGAGCACUCAGGGGCUUAUUUCUACCAGAUACCCUCCCAAGAACACUUGAAUUCUGCCCACGGGCAGUCUCAAUCCAGCACCAGAGGGAGACAAGGAUCCCGCCCUGAGCAGGCACGUGACAGCUCUAGACAGGCAGGAUCCCUUGAGGGUCAGGCAGCCGAUGGUGGACACUCGGAGCGAGGAUCUCGUCACCAUCAGUCAUCCACUCAGGCACACGGCUCUAGACACUCACACCCUGAGCAUGGACAAUCCUCAUCUGAACCCAGGCCAGUGAGAAACCGAGGGUCCAGUGUCAGUCAGGACAGCGACAGUGAAGGACACUCAGAAGAUUCGGACAGACAGUAUGGGUCUGGUUCAGGAAACCAACGUGGGUCUGCCCAUGGCCAUGCGGGAGACGGCUCUAGACUCUCUCGCUCUCAUCAAAGGCAGGGAGACAAUCAUGGGCACUCUGAUUCUGCCCGUGGACAGUCAGACUCUGGUACCAGAAGACGACAAGGAGCUAGUCAUGGACACUCUGUAGACAGCUACACACAAUCAGGGUCUCAUCACGGAGAGACAUCCUCUCGGGGACACACCGACUCCUCCCGUGGGCAGUCAAGAUCCGGCACAAGAGGACAACAAGAAUCCCAGCGUUACCGGUCAGCAGACACCUCCAGACGCUCAGCCACUGGACACGGACAAUCGUCCUCUGGAUACGGGGCAAGCAGACAGCGGGGAUCCAGUGUGAGUCAGGCCAGCGACAGCGAAGGACAUUCAGAAGGUGCAGGUAGAGAAUCUUCAAACACCCUCGGAAGGUCUGGGUCCACUUUGAGGAAGGAACAUGGGUCUAGCCAUGGGCAGUCAGGAGACAGGUCUGGGCACUCAGGGACCCGUCAAGGGCAGACGGCCUCCCGUGGGAGGUCAGACUCUGCCCUCCGAGAGUCAGGAUCCACCACCAGGGAAAGGCAAGGGCGCCACCACCAGCAGUCAGGAGACAGAUCUGGGCACUCAGGAUCCCUUCACGGGCAGACGGCCUCCCUUGGGGGAUCAGACUCUGCCCACCGAGAAUCAGGAUCCACUACCAGGGAAAGGCAAGGGAGCCACCAUCAGCAGUCAGGAGACAGAUCCGGGCACUCAGGGUCCCGUCAAGGGCAGACGGCGUCCCGCGGGCGGUCAGACUCUGCCCACCGAGAGUCAGGAUCCACCACCAGGGAAACGCAAGGGCGCCACCUUCGGCAGUCAGACGACAGCUCCAGACAUUCGGGUGCCGGACGUGGACAAAGCUCUUCUGGAUCUGGUAACAGCAGACACCGGGGAUCCAGAACCGGUCAGGCCAGUGACAGUGAAGGACAAUCAGAAGACUCAGAUACUCAGUCAGGGUCAGUCUUGGAACGGUCCAGGUCCAGUCAAAGGAGACAACAUGACAAUGUACGUGGCAGUUCUGAGCACUCAGGGGCUUAUUUCUACCAGAAAUCAGUUUCUCCUCCAGGGCAGAGAGAAAAUUGUGGGAAGUCUGAUUCAGAUUUUGGACAGUCUCAGUAUGGUCGUGUAAGUUAUGAUUGCACCAAUAUGGCAUUCAGGGACAGACCUCACUCUGGAGAUGAAUUUAUAACAUCCAAUAUAUCAGACAGUAAUAUGCAGUCACGAACAUACAAUCAUUCAAGUGAUAAUUCAAAACAGUUGGGAUUUGGUCAGUUAGAAAGAUAUUAUUAUUAUGAGUGAGAAGCCAAUAAAAAAAUAAUUAAUACUGAGAGUAGGUAAGUGAAACAAGACAUAACUUUGCAUCAAGAAACUUCUCAUUAUACUUCCAAAGGGUUUACGUUACCAUUUUAUUUUGAAUAAGUUACACAAUUUCUUUCCUUGGGCAUAGUUUAGUUUAUUCUCUGAAGAUUUAUGCCUUUGUUUGGAAAUGGUGAAUGGGAAUAAACAAUGUUAUUUAGACCUACAUUUAGAAAACACAGUAUUUUGGGUGUUGGGGUUGAAGUAAGCAUUUUUCUUUUGUGAGCUUAAAUUUUAGGACCUUUGUAGAUUUGUGCACUGAUCUUUGUGAAAAAUAUUAUAAAAUCACUGUUCUAGUGGCAAAAAUUAUAAAAUCACUGUUCUAGUGGCCAAACCUCCAAUGUUAUUAUCAGGGCUCAGUACAUCUUUCUGGACUAUCCUUGUAAUGGAAUUCUAUAUUAUUCUGGCUUCAUUAAAAUCAAAAAAGUGAAUUGCAUAAAGAUUCAAAAUAAACAAUUGGGCAUAU